AGAACCCUAAAUUCCAGGAAGAUCUCAAUAGGAAUUUACAAAAACCAAAGCUUCAAGCAAUCAUCAAAGCAAAAAAAAAAAAAAAAAGCUUAAAACUUGGAUUUUUAAUUUCUUUCUUAAAGCUACAAGCUUUCUGAUUGUGGUUUCAGUGUACGAACACGCAAGUUAUCGCGUGAGAAGUUUGGUUCCAAGCCUCAGCAAAAGGGCUUCUCUGUAUUUAGGGCUGUUUUGUUUCUGUCUUAAUUUCUCAAAAAUUGAAGCUUUGAUUUGGUUUCAAGAGAGCAGAGAUGUGUAGUUUGUCGGCGAAUCUAUUGCUACCAACGAAGCUGAAACCAGCUUAUUCUGACAAACGGAGUAACAAUAAUAGCAGCUCACUCUUCUUCGGCAAUAGAAGAUCCAAGAAGAAGAAUCAAUCGAUUGUUCCCGUUGCGAGGUUGUUUGGACCGGCGAUAUUUGAAUCAUCCAAAUUGAAAGUAUUGUUUUUAGGGGUUGAUGAGAAGAAGCAUCCAUCAACGCUCCCUAGAACGUACACUCUCACUCACAGUGACAUUACGGCUAAAUUAACAUUAGCUAUUUCCCACUCCAUAAACAAUUCUCAGUUGCAAGGAUGGGCAAAUAGGUUAUACCGAGAUGAAGUUGUGGCAGAAUGGAAGAAAGUGAAGGGGCAAAUGUCGCUUCACGUUCAUUGUCAUAUAAGCGGUGGCCAUUUCCUUUUAGACCUCUUUGCAAAGUUUCGGUACUACAUCUUUUGCAAAGAGCUACCAGUGGUCUUGAAGGCUUUUGUACAUGGAGAUGGAAAUUUGUUGAACAACUAUCCUGAGUUACAAGAAGCUCUUGUUUGGGUUUAUUUCCAUUCGAAUGUUGAUGAGUUCAACCGAGUUGAGUGUUGGGGUCCGCUUUGGGAAGCUACUUCUCCUGAUGGUCACAGGAGUGAUACUCUACCCGAGAUUCGGUGCGCGGACAAGUGCAGUUGUUGUUUUCCACCCGUUAGCUCGAUCCCAUGGUCUCAUAGUCUUAGUAAUGAAGGUGUUAAUAAUGGUUACUCAGGGACACAGACUGAGGGAAUUGCUACUCCUAAUCCGGAGAAACUCUAGUGAUUUGAUAUGGAAUUGCAAGUUUUUCUCUUUUGGUUUAUGGUAGUUUGUAAAGUGAAAAGGAAAUGGAAGAUUCCUCUUGGUGGAUCUAGUAUUGGUUUGGUCUGGUGUAAAUAAUAUGGUAUAGGAAGAUGAUGAUUGUUUGUAGGUUAAAAAUAGUACAACAUUAAGUUAAAACAUGUUUGAUAUUUUGUAUCUUUUCUUUAAAAGUCUUUGGCCAUA